AUGCUGCUCUUCGACCGCCGCCUGCGCGACGCCGUCUGCCCCGAACGCAAGCGCGGAGGCGACAGCGCGCUCUCCGGAAUGGCCUCCGUCACAGAAGUCGUGCUCUCCGGUGACCUCCAGGUCGCGAAGGUCUACAUCUCGAUCCUAUCGGACCAGGAGGGCAAGGAGGUCGCGAUGGAGAACCUGAGGAAGCUCCAGCCGUACGUCCGGAUGCGGGUCGGCAAGAGCCUCCGUCUGCGCCUCACGCCCGAAAUCCGCCUCAUUCCAGACGAGUCCAUCGAGCGCGCCAUGCGCGUCCUCAAGCUGCUGGACCAGAUCAAGGAGGGCGACGACGGCGCGACCGCGCGCGAACCUCCGCCGAUCGCCAUCCCAGGCGACGACGAGGAGGGGGGGUUCUUCGACAUGUACGAGGACGAGGAUUCGUUCGACGAGGAGUACGCGGAGUUCGAGGGCCCGACGAAUCUGUUCGACGAGGAGGGGGGGGAGUCAGUGGAGUCGGGGGGGGGUUUCGUGGGGUCCGCGGCGGGCGGCGAGGACGACGACGAGGAGGACCAGGAGGCGCGCGCGCUGGACGACAUCUUCAAGUCGUACCGCGAACAGCGGCGGCAAGCGCAGGUGGGGGGCUACUCUCGCCCCGUGCCCGCGCGUCGCACCGAGGAGGAGGUCAUCCCGGAGAAGUUCGGAGGCGCGUCGCUGCAGGAGGUGUCGGGCGGGGGAGUGCUCGACGUGGCGGAUCUCGCGGAGCUCGACGACCUGGACGUGUCGCAGCGCAAGCCGUGGAGCCGCAAGCGUGGUAGCUGGAACCGUAACAGGACCGGGGGCGGCGGGGGCGGCGGUGGGGGCCGGCGGCGCCGGCGCUAG